AUGCCAAAACCCAAGAAGACCGACUCCAAACCCCAACGCACAGCGCCUUCCAACCCCACCGCGCCCGACUGGCCUCCUCUCCGCCCCCUUCUCCCCGCACUCGACCUCAGCCUCACGCCGCUGCUCACCGACCAGAUCUAUUUGAUCCGCAAUUUUCUGUCGGGCUCGCUGUGCAAAAACUACGUCUCGUUUCUCGCGUCAUUACCCCUGACCACGACCCCCGGCAAGCCGAAGAAGGACGAGGCCGUGCGGGUCAACGACCGGUUCCAGAUCGAGGAUGCGCGGUUUGCCGAGAUGCUGUGGAGUGGGACAGCGUUGAAAGAACUGGUGACAGAGCGAUUUACCGAGGAAGACUAUAACGAUGACAGGGAGGAGGAUAGUCGCGAUCCUGCGAUGUCUACUGAACUCGCGCAACGGGCGCGCCAGCUCUGGGGCGGGGAGCCGUUAGGCCUGAACCCGAAUAUUCGCAUCUAUCGGUACUCGGCAGGUCAAUUCUUCGGGCAGCAUUACGACGAAUCCAACUCAAUAACCUUCCCUCCCUCCCCGACAACUCCCAAACCCACACCCGCUCGCACAACCUGGACUCUGCUCAUCUACCUCACUUCGUGCAAUGGCGGCGAAACCAUCUUCUACCCGGACCCAACACGUGCGAACCCCAACCCCACGCCGAUAUCCGUCCCGCCGGAGACGGGGAUGGCGCUAUUACACCGACACGGGGAUCAAUGCAUGCUGCACGAGGGGAAUGAGGUGACAGGGGGCGAGAAGUGGGUGUUGCGAAGUGAUUUGGUAGUUGCGCGGUGA